AUGACGCAAUGCUGUUGCGAGUUCAGAAGGCUGGAAUCAGUCCCCUCUCGUUGGGCUUGCGUACCUACCUCUAGGCCACCUACCAGGUACAUUGGUACCGCUACUGCCAACUGCCUUGUGGCUUUGGGCCGCGCAAAAGCAAGCGUGCCUCGGGCAGCCCCCAGCAGGGCCGCUGGAGGCAAAGACACUGCAAAUAGAAGGAAUAGCUUGCUGACAUCGGACCAAGUAAUAUUAAACCAAGCUACCAAAACAGACAAAGAAACUCAAAAGACAAGCUUGGGGGCGUGGCGACUCGUCACACAGGGAACGGAAAAGGAAGCGAAAUGUAGUUAUCAUGUACUCUACGGUCAACUAAACGGCGACGACCGAGAAGACCGCCCAUUUCCCAACUUGGAACGCGGGGAUCUCCCCCACCUCAAGACCCCGGCUAGGGGCCGUCCGUCUGUCCUCUGCUGGGUCCGUCCCUCGCUCGAGGUCUCCUCUAUGUUCAUUAGUUUAGGUUCCUACAGCCUCAUUCUACCAAAGGGACGGGCACUUACACGGGACUCUCGAGCGAGGGACCAUGGACCCGGCAGGGACAGAUGGCCAGGGUCCUGGGGGGGCGGGCUGGGAGAUACGAUCUCCGCGCACGCUGGGAGCUGGGCUGCGGGCGUCGGCCGCCGAGAGGUCCGUCCGAGGGCCUAA